GGAGCGAGGGAGGGAGACGCACAGGUGGAGCACAGAUUGGAAACAGGCAGUUUGUGUCAGCAUAAAGACGGAGGGGGGAAGUGUGAGGUGAGCUGAGGUGGAGCUUUGCUGGCUGCUCGGGCACACAGCCGUUCAGGGACAGGUUGGACUGGUUUCCCCUCCAUUACACCCGCAUCUCUUUUAGACCAGCGGAGCGGGAGGAAGAGGUGAAUAGAAUAGAAACCGGGGGAACUGUGGAAAGAGUUCAAAGGCUUCUCUGUACAUUUCAACAUUUUGACCCAGAAAGGAAUUUCAAGAUGCCUGAGGAUGGACAAUACUAUGGGAAGAAUGGCGAGCCCAGGAAGUAUGACGCAGCCUUCAAGGGCCCGAUCCAGAACAGAGGCUGCACAGACAUCGUGUGCUGCAUCCUCUUCAUUCUUGCCAUAAUAGGUUAUAUUGCAGUGGGAAUACUCGCCUGGUCCCAGGGUGACCCCCGAAAGGUGAUCUAUCCCACCGACAGUCGAGGCCAGUUCUGUGGACAGGCUGGCACCCCACUUGAGAACAAGCCACAAUUGUUCUACUUCAACAUCAUGAAGUGUGCCAGCCCCAUGGUGCUGCUGGAGUUCCAGUGUCCGACCACACAGAUGUGUGUGGAGAAGUGCCCCGAAAAGUUCCUGACCUUAGUCAAAGCCUACACCAACAAAAAGGACUUUGACUACUACAAGAACUUCUGCAAGGAAGGCGUGACCAACACUAUGGGUAUACCAGAAAUCCUUAAGUUAGGCCUCUGUCCUGCCAUGCUGACCCCCAGCAAGCCCUUCACACGCAGGUGUUUCCCAGCAUUGGGCCAGAAAGGAGGCGUGAUAACUGUGGGAAACAACUCUCACUUUGAUGAUGGAACCGGGAAAAUGUUAGACGCCAAGGACCUUGUCGCUGGAGUAAAGAAUGCCACUGUGGUCAUUGAGGCUCGUCAGGUGGUCAUGAAGAUCUUUGAGGAUUACACCCAGUCCUGGUACUGGAUUCUCAUAGGGCUGGUAAUUGCUAUGCUCACCAGCCUGCUCUUCAUCGUCCUCCUGCGCUUCCUGGCUGGGAUCAUGGUCUGGGUCAUGAUUGUGCUGGUGAUACUGGUGAUAGGAUAUGGUAUCUUCCAUUGCUACAUGGAGUACGCUGCCCUGAAGGGAGAGCCAGGGGCUAACGUGACUCUACAGGACCUGGGCUUCCAGACGGACUUCUCAGUCUACCUGCAGAUCAGACAGACCUGGCUGGCCUUCAUGAUUAUCCUGGCCAUCGUGGAUGUCAUCAUCAUCCUCCUGCUCAUCUUCCUCAGGAAAAGGAUUCUCAUUGCCAUUGCUCUCAUCAAAGAAGCCAGCAGAGCCAUUGGGCACGUGAUGUGUUCCCUUCUCUACCCACUCUUCACCUUCUUCCUCCUGGCCAUAGUUAUCGCCUACUGGGCAGUUACUGCCGUUUUCCUGUCUACCUCAAAUGAGCCCAUCUACAAAAUUUUCAACGAGACGGCGUGUGAAUACUCCAGAAACGUUUGUGAGCCUGCUAACUACUCGACCAGUCCUAUGAAAGCGCAGUGCCCUGACUCCCAGUGCCUCUUUGCGUUCUACGGAGGAGAAACGGUUUACCACAAGUACCUGAUCGCCCUGCAGUUCUACAACGUCUUCCUCUUCUUCUGGUGCGCUAACUUCGUCAUCGCUCUGGGACAGAUGACGCUGGCCGGGGCUUUCUCCUCGUACUACUGGGCCUUCAACAAGCCCGGCGACAUGCCCGCCUUCCCAGUGUUUUCUUCCCUCGGGAGGUCUCUCAGGUAUCACACAGGAAGUCUGGCGUUCGGCUCCCUCAUUCUGUCCAUAAUUCAGAUCAUCAGGGUUCUGCUGGAGUAUCUGGACCACAAGCUCAAGGGAGCCCACAACAAGUUCACCAAGUUCCUGCUGUGCUGUCUGAAGUGCUGCUUCUGGUGUCUGGAGAAAUGCAUCAAGUUCCUCAACAGAAAUGCCUACAUUAUGGUGGCAAUUUAUGGCAAAAACUUUUGCACCGCCGCCAGAGAUGCCUUCUUCCUCCUCAUGAGAAACAUGAUCAGGGUGGCUGUCUUGGACAAAGUGACAGAUUUCCUUCUGUUUUUGGGCAAAUUGCUCAUUGUUGGGCUCGUGGGGGUCUUUGCCUUCUUUUUCUUCUCUGGCAGAGUGAAGGCAUUUGAGAAUACAGCUCCCAAUCUCCACUAUUACUGGGUACCCAUCCUGACGGUGGUGAUUGGCUCGUACCUCAUCGCCAACGGAUUCUUCAGUGUGUACGCCAUGUGUGUGGACACUCUGUUCCUCUGUUUCUGCGAAGACCUGGAGCGCAAUGACGGUUCGGCCGCAAGGCCUUAUUACAUGUCGUCAACUCUUCACGAGAUUCUGUGGAAGAACAAGGCCGAGGACCCGCCUUCGUCCUCUCUGCAACAAGACGAUGAAGACGUCCAGUCGAAACAACAGCAGACUAAAGAGGAGGACGUGUCUUAGAGGAGUGUUUGGAGGAUCUUGAGAGGAACGACGGCAGCCCGGAGAGGCCCUACCUGAUGCCCGAGAGCCUCCGCAAAGUCCUGAAUAAGAAGAACAAGACCCAGCCGGCUCAGUAGAGCACGUCCACUAAAUGGUGUGAGCCUGAGCGAGGUAGGACUGUGGGCUAAAAGUGACUGUGGUCUGGUUUCAGUGGGAAUGGGCUGGACAGGAACCCCCUAACGCCAUCGAUCACCAGGAAGUCUACAGGUGACAAUCUGUGCGGUCAGCCAUAGUUGUUUUUAUACCAAAUGUGUUAGAAAAAUCAGUCCAGUGUGUCGCCCCAUCAGGAUCUAAAGAGGGGCUCGCAUUCCCACGUCUUCCUUUCUGUGUAGAUUUUAACAUUGUGGAGCUUUUUGAGCACCUUUAACAUCCAAAAACAAUUUUAGUAUGUUUUACAAAUUUUUUUAUUCAAACAUACAACUUAAUAUGAGCAUGGCUUCCUUUUUUAAAUAUUUUGUGUUACUUGAAGUUGCUAUAUAAAAGUUAUCUAUAUGUUAGGGUGUUUUUUUUCUUGUUUAAAAUGUGCUUUAAUGUGCUUUUCAUUCAUAAUGUGUAAUAAUAUAAUAAAUAAAUAAUCUUAUUGCUACCAAAGCCAUUACCCUGCCAGUCAGGCAUAUUGUAGUCAAGGCCUUAUCUUUUUUAUCAGCAACCAUAUAGAGACAAAAAAGCCAACUUUAUAUUGCAACUGAUGAAAAGGGUUAUACUUUGGUUCUUAUGUCAUGUUUUCGAAGUUGGAUUAAGAAUGUUUUUGGAAUAAAAACAUAGUUUUGUACAUAA